AUGUGGAGACUGUGGCGCACUGCCUUUGUUGCUUUGGGUACGCUAGUUCUCCAGCGCUAUCAGCGCCCCAAGGUACUGUCUGGUCAUCGAAGAAUUUCAUGCACCAGUGAAUCAGACAUCAUCAAUUCACCUCAAGACUGGCGCAAGCUACCAAGGGCUGAGCCGCAUGGCCAGCAAGUAUUUCUUGAAAUACACAAAGUUGCGCAUCUUUUCCUUUCGCACCAACUUUCAUCCAGUUCUCAUCUCAACCAUCCGUCACAACUGCACGACAAAACCGCCACGAUGAAUAACGACGAGACCGAAAGUGCCCCUGGGGAUGAACAGACCCAACUUACCCCUGCAGACGACCAGGAGCCAACAUUAUAUCACCAGGGCCUGCCCGGACCCUUCUUGGUAGUCGGCCAGUCGCUCCGCCUUGUCGGCGCCAUCGAUGGGCAAGGGAAUUUCCAAAGUCUAGCACUACAAACUUGCUACGGCCUGCCAAGCCACCAACAGAAGGUCAGUUUGCGUGACUUGGCGGAUGGUUCUCAACAGAUCGUUCUUAUCGAAGGGAGUGACGAGGCCUUGAAGUUGCUUUUGCUUGCUUAUGAAGCUGCAGCAAGAUUCUGCCGCGAUGAGCGGCUUCGGUCGUUUGAGUAUGAGGUGGUCGUGGACGAUGGACAGAUGGAUGACUCUUGA